GCCUCGCGUCGUCUCCCCUCCCCUCACCACGCAUCACCACCGAUCGAUCCCUCUUCUCCUCUCCUUCCCUUUAAAGCUAGCUAGCGAGAGAGCUACCUACCUACCUGCCUGACCUCACCGGCGGCGACCCAUCCGCCGUCCGUCCCUCACUAGCUAGCUGCUGCCUCUGCCGCUGCAUCGAUCAGGCCAGCACGCGGAUCGAUCGGCGGGAGAAGCUCGAAGGAGAAGAAAGGGAUCGACCAAGAUGGGGCGCGGCAAGGUGCAGCUGAAGCGGAUAGAGAACAAGAUAAACCGGCAGGUGACCUUCUCCAAGCGCCGCAACGGCCUCCUCAAGAAGGCGCACGAGAUCUCCGUCCUCUGCGACGCCGAGGUCGCCGUCAUCGUCUUCUCCCCAAAGGGGAAGCUCUACGAGUACGCCACCGACGACCGCAUGGACAAAAUUCUUGAACGUUACGAGCGCUAUUCCUAUGCAGAAAAGGCUCUAAUUUCAGCUGAAUCUGAGAGUGAGGGAAAUUGGUGCCAUGAAUACAGGAAACUGAAGGCCAAAAUUGAGACUAUACAAAAAUGCCACAAGCACCUAAUGGGAGAGGAUCUAGAGUCUCUGAAUCUCAAAGAGCUCCAACAACUAGAGCAGCAGCUGGAGAGCUCACUGAAGCACAUCAGAUCAAGAAAGAGCCACCUUAUGGUCGAGUCCAUUUCUGAGCUACAGAAGAAGGAGAGAUCACUGCAGGAGGAGAACAAGGCUCUACAGAAGGAACUUGCGGAGAGGCAGAAGGCGGUCGCCAGCAGGCAGCAGCAGCAGGUGCAGUGGGACCAGCACACCCAGACCCAGGCCCAGACAAGCUCAUCAUCUUCCUCCUUCCUGAUGAGGCAGGAUCAGCAGCCACUGCAGGCUCCACAAAACAUCUGCUACCCGCCGGUGACGAUGGGAGAGAGAGGCGAAGAGGCUGCUGCAGCGGCGCAGCAGCAGCAGCAGCCAGGGCAGGCGCAACCGCAACUUCGCAUCGGGGGCCUUCCACCAUGGAUGAUCAGCCACCUCAAUGCUUGAACAGGCGACGAGCACGUCGAACUCGACGCUACUACCCCAUGAUCAAUUGCCGUGCCUAUCCAGCGAUUGCGAGCAACUGCGCCUGCAAAGUGGUUGCUCACCGUUGAGUCCUAGCAUAAGUUCAUGGCAGCGAUUAAGCUAAACUAUUGUUAUGUUUGCAACAAGAAGGGUAAGCACUGUAUAAUCUUGUCCAGCAUGUGUGUAUCAACUGAUGCAUGCCCCCUAUAUGUGUGAGAACCGCCCAAUUUGAUACUAUUUUAAAUGAAUCGCCGGUCAUUAUCAUCCA